GAGUUUAUGACUUUGUGACUGUGGUAGCUAGUGACGACCAAAACAUUGGUCAACGUGUGGUUGCUUUUGAGAAUCAAUUGACAGAAUUAUCCUUAUUUUCUUUCCCCCCAAAAUGAAUACUCACUUAUGAAAGUGUUUGGAGCAAUAGUAGAGGACAACAGCAAAGACAAACGAAGCAGAUAUAUGUACAAAUAGCUAGCUAUCAAGACUCUCUCCCCUAGAGAAGGGACCAGUGCCAGGCAAUCAUGGGACCCUCAGUACUCUUUCCGCUUCUCCACCGCUUGUCCUCCCCCUUACGAACCGUCACCCCAACAUGGGGACGAUGGCUCCUCCACCAGCUACCCCCACCAUCCUGCACUCACACCCCUUGUAUCACCUCAUUCCCUGGGCUUAACUCCCAACACAUCCGCGGUAUGUGUGUGGAAUCCACCCUCAGCCACAUCAAGGAGCUGAGUCCACCAGAGCAGAGGCUGUUGAAUAAGCUGUAUGAAGGACUGAUCUCAGGUCAGCGGGCCAGUCUGGCUGAGUCCAUUACCCUGGUGGAGACCCAGCAUCCUAGAAAGAAAGAGCUGGCCCAGGUCCUGCUGCAGAGAGUACUGGCCCACAGGAAGGAGCAGGAGAAACAGAACAGAGGGAAACCCCUGGCCUUCAGAGUAGGUCUGUCUGGCCCACCCGGAGCUGGGAAGUCCACCUUCAUCGAGGUGGUGGGGAAGAUGCUCACGGGACAAGGACAUAAAGUCUCUGUUCUGGCUGUCGACCCCUCAUCAUGCACUACAGGAGGGUCUCUGAUGGGUGACAAGACUCGUAUGACUGAGCUCUCCAGAGACAUGAGUGCUUUCAUCAGACCCUCCCCCACCUCUGGAACACUGGGAGGAGUCACCCGGACCACCAAUGAGGCCAUAGUACUGUGUGAGGGGGGUGGCUACGACAUCGUUCUGGUAGAAACUGUAGGUGUAGGCCAGUCAGAGUUUGCUGUGGCUGACAUGGUGGACAUGUUUGUGUUGCUGAUCCCACCAGCAGGGGGCGAUGAACUACAGGGCAUUAAGCGAGGCAUCAUAGAGAAGGCAGACCUGGUGGUGGUCACUAAAGCAGACGGAGACCUGUUAGUUCCAGCCAGGAGAAUCCAGGCAGAGUAUACCAGCGCUCUGAAACUGCUCAGGAAGAAAUCAAAGUCCUGGAACCCUAAGGUAGUGCGUGUGUCAUCCCAGACAGGCGAGGGUGUAGCAGAGCUGUGGGGUAAGAUGGAGGCCUUCCGCUCAGCCACCCUGUCCAGUGGGGACUUCCAGGACAGACGUAGGGCCCAGCACAAGGUGUGGAUGUGGAGCCUGAUCCAAGAGAAUGUCCUGAGGCACUUCCAGGAACACCCUGCCGUCAGGGAGGAGCUACCCCAGCUAGAGGACAGGGUCACCAGGGGAGCUAUAUCACCGGGCCUGGCGGCUGAUCUGUUACUGAAGGCCUUCACCUCUUCUUCAUCAUCCUCCUACUCACAGUGACCUAGCUGAAGUGGAGAUCAAAUACCAACAGCAUUAUCCAUAUACUGUAAUAUUGAUUACACUUCUCGCCUUGUCUCUUAGGUCACUGCUCUGUAAGGACGAUUGAUUGUUGAUGAGAGAAGGAAAGGAAUUCUAGGUCUUGGUCCCCCUCCCAAUCUCACACACAACACACUGCCUUCAAAUUGAAACACUGACCUACUUACUCAUACAAGAGACUUGACAUUGCAGUUUAUACUUGAAGAGUAUCAAUGGAUGCAGUUUUAUAGAUUUUAUCAUAAUCAAUGAGUUGAAUAAAUUAUUAAAUUAAUUAUAUAGUGGUGGGUGUUUUCUGUUGCUGAAAUGUUUGUGCGGGGACGUAGCUGCUGAACCAGGACUAGGAAGCUUUGUGUGGGGACGUAGCUGCUGAACCAGGGCUAGGGAGAUUGGAAACCCAAAUUGGUCUACACGGACAAGUUCUGGCCUGGUUUAGAUCUUAUCUGUCGGAAAGAUAUCAGUUUGUCUCUGUGAAUGGUUUGUCCUCUGACAAAUCAACUGUACAUUUCGGUGUUCCUCAAGGUUCCGUUUUAGGACCACUUGUUUUCACCAUAUAUUUUACCUCUUGGGGAUGUCAUUCGAAAACAUAAUGUUAACUUUCACUGCUAUGCGGAUGACACACAGCUGUACAUUUCAAUGAAACACGGUGAAGCCCCAAAAUUGCUAGAAACCUGUGUUUCAGACAUAAGGAAGUGGAUGGCUGCAAACUUUCUACUUUUAAACUCUGACAAAACAGAGAUGCUUGUUCUAGGUCCCAAGAAACAAAGAGAUCUUCUGUUGAAUCUGACAAUUAAUCUUAAUGGUGGUACAGUCGUCUCACAUAAAACUGUGAAGGACCUCGGCGUUACUCUGGGCCCUGAUCUCUCUUUUGACGAACGAGGACAGCUUUUUUCCAUCUUACGUAACAUUGCAAAAAUCAGAAACUUUCUGUCCAAAAAUGAUGCAGAAAAAUGAAUCCAUGCUUUUGUUACUUCUAGGUUAGACUACAGCAAUGCUCUACUUUCCGGCUACCCAAAUAAAGCACUAAAUAAACUUCAGUUAGUGCUAAAUACGGCUACGAGAAUCCUGACUAGAUCCAAAAAAUGUGAUCAUAUCACUCCAGCGCUUGCCUCCCUACACUGGCUUCCUGUUAAGGCAAGGGCUGAUUUCAAAGUUUUACUGCUAACCUACAAAGCACUACAUGGGCUUGCUCCUACCUAUCUCUCUGAUACCUACACCUCUGAUACCUACACGUACGCUACGGUCACAAGUGCCAGGCCUCCUAAUUGUCCCUAGAAUUUCUAAGCAAACAGCUGGAAGCAGGGCUUUCUCCUAUAGAGCUUCAUUUUUAUGGAAUGGUCUGCAUACCCAACCUUUAAGUCUUUACUGAAGACUCAUCUCUUCAGUGGGUCAUAUGAUUGAGUGUAGUCUGGCCCAGGAGUGUGAAGGUGAACGGAAAGGCUCUGGAGCAACGAACCGCCCUUGCUGUCUCUGCCUGGCCGGUUCCCCUCUUUCCACUGGGAUUCUCUGCCUCUAACCCUAUUACAGGGGCUGAGUCUCUGGCUUGCUGGUGCUCUUUCAUGCCUUCCCUAGAGGGGUGCAUCACUUGAGUGGGUUACUGAUGUGAUCUUCCUGUCUGGGUUGGCGCCCCCCCCCCCCCUUGGGUUGUGCCGUGGCGGAGAUCUUUGUGGGCUAUACUCGGCCUUGUCUCAGGAUGGUAAGUUGGUGGUUGAAGAUAUCCCUCUAGUGGUGUAGGGGCUGUGUUUUGGCAAAGUGGGUGGGGUUAUAUCCUUCCUGUUUGGCCCUGUCCGGGGUAUCAUCGGAUGGGGCCACAGUGUCUCCUGACCCCUCCUGUCUCAGCCUCCAGUAUUUAUGCUGCAAUAGUUUGUGUCGGGAGCUAGGGUCAGUUUGUUAUAUCUGGAGUACUUCUGUCUUAUCCGGUGUCCUGUGUGAAUUUAAGUAUGCUCUCUCUAAUUCUCUCUUUCUCUCAUUCUUUUCUCUCUCGGAGGACCUGAGCCCUAGGACCAUACCUCAGGACUACCUGGCAUGAUGACUCCUUGCUGUCCCCAGUCCACCUGGCCGUACUGCUCCUCCAGUUUCAACUGUUCUGCCUGCGGCUAUGGAACCCUAACCUGUUCACCGGACGUGCUAACUGUCCCAGACCCGCUGUUUUCAACUCUCUAGAGACAGCAGGAGUGGUAGAGAUAUUCUUAAUGAUCGGCUAUGAAAAGCCUACUGACAUUUACUCCUGAGGUGCUGACUUGCUGCACCCUCGACAACUACUGUGAUUAUUAUUAUUUGACCAUGCUGGUCAUUUAUGAACAUUUGAACAUCUUGGCCAUGUUCUGUUAUAAUCUCCACCCGGCACAGCCAGAAGAGGACUGGCCACCCCUCAUAGCCUGGUUCCUCUCUAGGUUUCUUCCUAGGUUUUGGCCUUUCUGGGGAGUUUUUCCUAGCCACCGUGCUUCUACACCUGCAUUGCUCGCUGUUUGGGGUUUUGGGCUGGGUUUCUGUACAGCACUUUGAGAUAUCAGCUGAUGUACGAAGGGCUGUAUAAAUAAAUUUUAUUUUAUUUUAUUUGGGGACGUAGCUGCUGAACCAGGGCUAGGAAGCUUUGUGUGGGACCGUAGCUGCUGAACCAGGGCUAGGAAGCUUUGUGUGGGGGCGUAGCUGCUGAACCAGGGCUAGGAAGCGUUGUGUGGGGAUGUAGCUGCUGAACCAAGGCUUGGAAGCUUUGUGUGGGGACGUAGCUGCUGAACCAGGGCUAGAAAGCUUUGUUUGGGGACGUAACUGCUGAACCAGGGCUAGGAAGCUUUGUGUGGGGACGUAGCUGAUGAACCAGGGCCAGGAAGCUUUGUAUGGGGACGUAGCUGCUGAACCAGGGCCAGGAAGCUCUGUGUGGGGACGUAGCUGCUGAACCAGGGCUAGGAAGCGUUGUGUGGGGACGUAGCUGCUGAACCAAGGCUUGGAAGCUUUGUGUGGGGACGUAGCUGCUGAACCAGGGCUAGAAAGCUUUGUUUGGGGACGUAGCUGCUGAACCAGGGCUAGGAAGCUUUGUGUGGGAACGUAGCUGCUGAACCAGGACUAGGAAGCUUUGUGUGGGGACGUAGCUGCUGAACCAGGACUAGGAAGCUUUGUGUGGGGACGUAGCUGCUGAACCAGGGCUAGGAAGCUUUGUGUAGGGGGCGUAGCUGCUGAACCAGGGCUAGAAAGCUUUGUGUGGGGACGUAGCUGAUGAACCAGGGCCAGGAAGCUUUGUAUGGGGACGUAGCUGCUGAACCAGGGCCAGGAAGCCAUGUGUGGGGACGUAGCUGCUGAACCAGGGCUAGGAAGCUUUGUGUGGGGGCGUAGCUGCUGAACCAGGGCUAAAAGCGUUGUGUGGGGACGUAGCUGCUGAACCAAGGCUUGGAAGCUUUGUGUGGGGACGUAGCUGCUGAACCAGGGCUAGAAAGCGUUGUUUGGGGACGUAGCUGCUGAACCAUGGCUAGGAAGCUUUGUUUGGGGACGUAUCUGCUGAACCAGGGCUAGGAAGCGUUGUGUUGGGACGUAGCUGCUGAACCAGGACUAGGAAGCGUUGUGUGGGGGUGUAGCUGCUGAACCAAGGAAGCUUCUGAACAUGACAACUUUUAAUACAAGUGUCAUAUCAUUCCUGUUGUCCUGGUAAAGUUUUACAUUUAAUUCAGACAAAAUUACCACAUUUUUGCAAUGAUGCCUCUUGACCACCAGAUGUCCCCAUAACUUCACAACCUCAUCUAAACCAUUAUCAUAAUGACUGGCCCGAGAGCCAGCCUCCACCCCUCCACCGCUCCUCCCCUCAGGAUGUGCUGGGUGACAGGUCACAGAGAGGCUGCUAGGACACCAGAUCCUUCUUCCCUGGAGCUCUGAGGACACCAUGGUAAUCCUUCACAUCCAUCCUCCAUGCCAGUCAGAGCCUGGCUUCUAGCAGUUACUAGGCUACCUACCUACCGCUGGGCAGAGGAAUGAUCAAAGAGACAGUAGUAUUAUCAUAAGGCGUCCAUUACACCAGCCCAGGGCGCAGUAGGCAUCAACCUCUGGAAAUAAAUAAAAUAAAUAAAAAACAGUGGGAAUUGCCCUCAUUGUACAACGCCAGUCUAAAGUUUGUAAAGGACAGUCUGUACAUAGUGGGGAGAAAACUGCUUCUAUGCUGCAGUCCAAAGCCACAAACCUAUGUUUGUUGUUUGGAAAGAAUCCCUAGAUUCUUAGUCAAAUCCGUCCCAGUCCCCCCGAUUAUUCCAUCCACUUCAAUCUUUCCUUGAUCGUUUACAUCUGUCUGUUCCGGAGAAGUGAGCCCCAGCCUCCAGAGUCUCUCUGCUCGCAGGUUGGUGGUCGUUUGCUCCUGUCUGCGCCUGGAGGAAGACUGCCCCCUGAAUGCAGAUGGAUUCAUUAGGCUUGAGUAACACCCUUCCCCUUCAUCACGCUGUCUCUCUCUCACACACACACACACUGUACUGCUCUAGGGAACAGUCAGUCCUAGCUUCAUCUCUGGAC